AUGGACCCUCGAAAACUUGAUGCAAAUAAACGAAUUUUUGUUCUACGUUUUCUUGUGGAAUCAAGCAUGGGAUUCUUUGAUUCAAGAGGUGCAGAGGGAGGCCGACGAGGAGGCGGCGCGGCGCGGCGGCGAUCCCUCGUGAGAUUCGUCAUCGUCGGACAAUCCCACGGGACCAUGUCGGAGCGGCUUAUGGCCGACUACUUUAGCGCUGACCCUCGUUACCCGGCUGAGAUUUUUCGUCGGCGUUUCAGAAUGUCGCGACCGCUCUUUACCCAUAUAGCGACGACAUUGGCGGACCGGUUCGAGUGCUUCACGCUCCGAAGUGAUUGCACUGGCCGGAUCGGGCUGUCUACUUUGCAGAAAUGCACCUCUGCAAUUAGGCAGCUUGCCUAUGCCGGACCGGCUGAUAUGUUCGACGAAUACCUACAGAUGGGUGAGACGACUAGUCUAACUGUGCUCCGACAGUUUUGUAAGGGCAUGCGGGAAGUCUUUGGUCCGGAGUUCCUACGAAAGUCAACCCCUGAUGAGUGCCAGAGACUGCUCGAUAUGCACGGUGCGGUGCACAAUUUCCCAGGCAUGAUGGGCAACAUUGAUUGCAUGCAUUGGGAGUGGAAAAACUGGCCGGUGGCGUGGAAAGGCCAGUUCACUACCGGUUCGAACAACGACAUCAACGUUCUGCAGUCGUCGCCUAUCUUCAAUGAUGAGUGCCGGGGAGAGGGUCCAGAGAUCAGUUUUGUAGCAAAUGGCACGCAGUAUCGCAGGGGAUACUAUUUGGCAGAUGGAAUAUACCCUCGUUGGCCCGUAUUCGUCAAGACACUUCGCCAACCGGCUGGAGCGAAGAGACAAUAUUUUGCGCGAAAACAAGAGGCCGCUAGGAAAGAUGUUGAGCGAGCUUUUGGUGUGCUCCAAGUGCGAUGGGCCAUUCUACGCUGCCCGGCACGAGUGUGGCACGAAGAUGAUGUCGCGGAUAUUAUGGUAGCAUGUAUCAUAUUGCACAAUAUGAUAAUAGAAGAUGAAGGAUUUGCGGCAGAACGUUGGGCGCCGGAAGAUGGUGCAAGUACAAGUCACGGCGUUGCCUCCGCGCCGAUACAGAUGGGUGUACCACGUAGUAAUGAAUAUCUGAUCCAACGUUUCGCUGAUAUACGCAGGAGCACAGCACAUGACCAACUCCAGGUCGAUUUGAUUGAAGAGAUCUGGGCACGUAGGGGAGGCGGCGUAGCGUGA